AUGUCGUUGCCUCAAAUUUUUAAUUUUCAAUUCGUUAAAUCUUUUAUUACCUCUGGAUUGUAUAAUUUAAAUUUACAAAAAAAUAAAUUAUUAUUAACAAAUUCACAUAAAAAUUUUAAUAGAAUUUUAUCAUAUCGUUUCUUUUUUGAUGAAAAUCAUUCAAAUACAAAUCAAGAUGAUGUCAAUAGAAGAAGUACUUCAAAAAAAUCACAAGCUACAAUUGUAAUAAAUAAAAAAACGGUCGUUAAAAAAAAAUUUCCAACUACACCUAAAAUUGUGCUCAUUAACCCAGACAAUACUAAAUCAUUUUUAUAUUUAGAAGAGGCACAAAAAAUAGCAAAAAGUAAAAAUUUGACUCUUAUGAAAACUGGCAAUGUAGAAAAAGAAAAACCUGUUUAUAAUCUUUGUAGAGAAGAUAAAAAAAGUUCCAGUUCUUUAAAAGCGAAAAAAAUGUACAUAGCUUCAGACAUAUCUGAAAAUGAUUUAUCGAUAAAGGCUAAAAAAAUUAUUCAAACAAUAUUAAAAGGAAAAAUUUAUGAGGUUAUUAUACUUGCUGAUCAAACUGACAAAUCGCUAAUGCCUAAAAUUCAAGAGAGUUUGCGCAAAUCAAUCGAACCGCAUGGAAGUAUAAAAAUUGAAGCAGAUUCAAAGAGUAAAAUAAAACUUCUCGUCACACCGAAUAAAAAUAGUAUUUCAGAUGCUAAAACGGAUACAGAUAUUAAUACACAAAAUGAAAAUUUAAAAUAG